AAAAUCUUCACCUACAGGCCAGGAAUCAGAUAGUCCCAUCCGGACCACAUACACGGGGCAGGUGCGAGGCAGUUUCGUCCAUGUGAAGGAUCAAGUGGGAGUCUAUAGCUUCCUGGGAAUUCCUUUUGCCAAGCCACCUGUAGGACCACUGCGGUUUGCACCCCCUGAGUCCCCUGAACCAUGGAGUGGUGUGAGAGAUGGGACAUCACAACCAGCCAUGUGUCUACAAAAUUCUGAUAUGAUGAGUUCAGAGGGUCUGAAGAAGAUGAAUCUGAUCAUGCCUCCCACCCCCAUGUCUGAGGACUGCCUAUAUCUCAACAUCUACACACCAACCCAUGCCCAUGAAGGCUCUAACCUGCCUGUGGUGAUGGUCUUUAUUCAGUAUCGUCUUGGUGUCCUGGGUUUCUUCAGCACUGGAGACCAGCACGCCAGAGGCAACUGGGGCUACCUGGACCAACUGGCCGCCCUACGCUGGGUCCAGCAGAAUAUUGCCCACUUUGGAGGCAACCCUGACCGGGUCACCAUUUUUGGAGCGUCAGCAGGUGGCACAAGUGUAUCUACUCUUCUUGUGUCCCCCAUGUCCAAAGGACUCUUCCAUGGUGCCAUCAUGGAGAGUGGAGUGGCCCUGCUACCUGACAUUUUCUCUAACACCUUUGAGGUGGUGUAUAGGGGGUUACCUUCAGAGAGUGGUGACCUGCUAAUGAAGGAGUACAUGGGAAACACGGAGGAUGCCCAGACCCUCCAACUACAGUACAGAGAGAUGAUGGCAGACUUCAUGUUCGUGAUACCCGCACUCCAAGUGGCACAUUUUCAGCGUUCCCGUGCUCCAGUACACUUCUAUGAGUUCCAGCAUACGCCUACUAGCCUGAAGAAUGUCAGACCAUCUCACGUGAUAGCUGAUCAUGGCGAUGAGAUUCUUUUUGUCUUUGGGUCCUACCUCGGGGGCAUCAAACUUGACCUCACUGAGGAGGAGAAGCUGCUGAGCAGUAGGAUGAUGAAGUACUGGGCCAACUUUGCAAGAAAUGGGAACCCCAACAGCGAUGGCCUACCCUACUGGCCCGUGUUGGACCAGGAUGAGCAGUACCUGCAACUGGACAUCCAGCCUACUGUGGGCCAUUCUCUGAAGGCUGGAAGACUGCAGUUCUGGACCAAGACCCUGCCCCAAAAGAUCCAGCAGCUAAAGGGGGCUCACAGACAACACACAGAACUGUAGCGUCCCAUAUCAGGAUAAAUGUCGGGUUUGAGUGCUAUAAUAGGAUAAGCCUGAGGUUCCCAAAGGAGCCUGGGUUGAUUCCAAUAGUCACUUAAACAUUCCUAAUCUCUGCAUUUCUCUGUUCUCCUAUGUAUGUAAUGAAAUCUCUGCAUGUCACUCCUCA